AUGCAGGACCUCGCCGCCUCCCUGUCAGGGGUCCUGCAGUACGGGGCGCAGGCCAUCGGCGCCUCCGUGCCCGAGCCGUCGUGCGCCGGCCUCAUCGCGGCCUACGCGGUGGCCGCGCUGAUCGUCGGCCUCACCGUCGGGGCUGCGGGGGGCGCCUGGGCGGCCAGCGGCCUGCGCGUGGCCGGGGCGCCAACGCCGGCGCCGGCGGCGGCGGGCAAGGACGGGCUCCAGCGCGCAAUGAUGGCAGCGCCGACACAUCCGCUGGAGCGGAUGGGGGUGCAGCCCGGGGAUUUCAUCCUCAUCCGCUACAACGUCGGCGGGCGCCGGCUGUGGCACGAGAGGCUCGUCCUGUGCCUCGCGGCGGCGGCCCCGUGGGGCGUGGGGAUCCUCGCGCCCGAUGGGGGCGCGUACGUGGAGAUCGUGAUCGGUGGCGCCGACAUCGCAGAGUGCCUCGUGUGUGACAGGGGCGCGGCCGGUGGCGGAGCAGCUGCCCUCGGAGGCGAUGCCACCUAUCGCUUCAACGCGAUCCCGCUCGGCCCGGUGGUCGCGCAGGGGGUGCAGGGCACCGCCGCGAUGCUCGGGCUCGGGGUGCAGCCGGCGGUCGCGCCCAACACCGUCGGGCGGGCGAUCCUGCCGGUGGCCGCUGACGCCGCAGGAGGAGCCGCGGCCGCGGCCGGCGGCGCGGGCGCCGCAGGAGGUGUGGCCGGGCUGGCUGCGGCCCUCGCAGGCGGGGGCAUUGGCGCCGCCGCGGCCCCCGGCGGUGGGGCCCUGGUGGCCGCGCCGGCCGCCCUCGUGGGCCCGCCUGCCGGCGGCGCGCUGGUGGGUGCCGCCCCACAGCCUGGCGCCCCGGCGGCGGCAGCACCCGCGGCGCCGCCAGUCGCCGCGCAUGUGGCCCCGGCGGCUGCAGCGCCUGCAGGCGCGCCUUUCAUGGGCGCAGCCGCGGAGGCUCCCGGCGGCGACCUCAGGAUCAUGGCGGUGCAGACCGACAUACGUGGGCAGCGUCAUCGGCCCUUCUCAGAGGCUUCGCGUCUGCUGGUGGAGGUGCCUUUCGCGGACUGGCCUAAUCAUGGGCCACGCACGCUGUUGUGGGUGGUGCUCUUCAUCUCGAGGGUCGCCGGGACGCCGCUCGCCUGGCACCAGAAGUUCCGCACGGACGGGAACCUGGACAAUGACGAGCCUGGCGUUGGCAACCACGAGAUGAUGUGCCGGUUGCUUGAGAUCGGGCUCUGCUACGACCAGCUUCACGGCUCGAACCUGGCCUCGAUGGAGCUGGUCGCGCGGUCUAUCCAGACUGAGAACGAGCGCCACAGGCAUCGUUUCGAGAGCUCGGAGGAUGCUGACCUGAACCACAACCUGAUGAUCGGGAUGACCCACGGGCGUGGGCACGUGUGUGCGUGCCCGGCCUUGCGGGACCACGUCUCCGCCCAGCUGCAGAAGGAGGCGUCUAUCGCCAAGGAGAGGAGGAGGGCUCGUGAGGAGCGGGCCCUCGCCGGCGGCGGCGCUGCUGGGUCUGGAGCUGGAGGAGGCGGCCGCGGCAAGAAGAAGAACAAGGGAGGCAAAGGCGGCGGCCGUGGCGAUGCGGCCGCCGCUGCUCGCAGCAAGGACACCACCGGCCAGGCGGCCGCCUCUUGGCCGCCCGAGGCAGGGAGACAGCGUGACCUGUUCCCGAUGCCACUUGUGGGCGGUGGCAGCGAGUGCGGCAAGCCCACGCUCAGUCGCCGCCCGCUACGUCGUCGCGCCGUUCGCCUUCACCACCUGCAUCGGCUGAACGCUGCAAUUUCUUCACUGAAUUCGCUUUAUGGUUGUCAAAGUGUUGUCGGGGACCCAGUCAACGAGAGCCAGCGGACAGCCAUCCAGAACAUGAACACCGCUCUACAUCGGCUUGGUCGUCAGCCCGAGCAGUAUGCGGAGACGCGUGAGUGCGAGGACGGAGCCCUCUCGGAGCUCCUCCAGGGCGUCGCCAUCUACGGAGACGGCGCCUGCAACCCGUCAGUUCCGUACCGCCGAGAGCAGAUCUCAUGGCCAUCUUCGAGCACGCCACCAGUGGAGCUGCCCACCAUCCUGGGGCCCUCGGAGGCGGCGCGCCUGCGGGACUGGCGGAGCCAAAUGCUGAGACCACCGAGGGAGGCAGAAGAGCUCAUGGCCACGGCGUGCCCAAGGGGGGCGUACUGCGACCAGGGGCUAGUCGGCGACCCGCGGACCUGCGUUCAGUUCUUGGGCAAGCUCUACGGCAAGGGGAUGGUUCACUUCUCCGCCGCCGUGGCCCCCGCGUCGGGGGUUUUCGUGGCGACGGCGGACUUGGAGUGUGCGUUCUACCACAUGAAGCUGCCCAGCGGCAUGGAAGAGUACUUCUCGCUGCCCGCCAUCGACUCCACCUUCUUGCUGGAGGCCGGGCUCGACGACUUGCCUUUCGGGCCGGCCUGCCUGCUGCGGAGCGGCGUCGACCCGUCCAGCAUCGUCGUGGACGGUCAGGUCGGCAUCGCCCUCGGACCGUCGCGUCCGGUCGCAGCUGGCGCGUACGUCGACAACGUGGUCACCAUCGGCACCAGCGCAGAGGACGCCGGGCUCGUGGUUCACGAGAUUGUCGAGGCGUCGGCCGACGCCCAGUUCUUGGGGCUGCAGCUGCACGCCGGGAAGGCGCUCACCGUGAAGGCCAAGAACGUCUGGCGGCUGCGGGCCGCGCUUGGUAGCCUCUUGCGGCGGAAGUGGGUCACUGGCUACGCGCUGCGGGCCGUCCUUGGGCACAUCACCUGGAUGAGCAUGCUGCGGCGCGAGGCCCUGACGACCCUGCACGCCUGCUACGCUUUCGUCGAGGUGUUCGAGGGCCGCCCUGGCCGCCUGUGGGACUCAGCGGCGCGGGAGCUGAUCACGCGGCUGGAGGCCACGGUCGUCGCCAGCUGCGCCCGGUUUUCAGAGCGCUGGCGGUUCAAAGUCGCCGGGGCGCAGGCAGCUCGCGAGCGGUCCCUUGCUUGCGGAUCUGCGUCGGAAAAGAUGGCUGCCACCAAAAACGGAUAUCGUGCUGCUGACGCUGACCCUGAUGCCGCCGAGACCCCGCUCAAGCACGUGGAGCCCUUCCCGAACUAUAUUGUGGCGUCCCUCGCGGACUCCAUUCUGGAUUCUGGCGGGGUGCUCGCCGAGGCGCCCGAGGAGGUCUCGGAGGACCCGGAGGGCUUCGCGGUGAGGUUCGAGGAGGUCCCAGCAGACAUCACCGACUCCCCAGCAUGGCGGCCCUCUGCGGCCGUCCAGGUCUCCGGCGGGGCCAACAUCCUGUUCCUGGAAGGUGAAGGCCUGUGCUUGGCCUACCGUCAUCUCUUGCGGGACUCGAGCAGCCUGGGGCAAAGGGUGAUGAUCAUAGUCGACAAUCUGCCGCUUGCUCUUGGGGUCGUGAAGGGCCGGGCCAAGAGCAAACACCUCCGCCGGUGCCUCGGACGGGUAUGUGCUCUGUCAGUCGCCACCGGCUCGAAGCUGUACGUCAGGUGGUCAGCCGCGGGCGCUAUGGCUGGUUCAGCGGGCGGCGCGUGCUGCGCGGGCCCGCGGUGGGCGCUCCUGCUGGCCGUCGCGGUGGUCGCCGCUGCGGGCCCCGUGGGCGCCGACGCGGCUCGGAAGUCACGCGUGCCCAGCACGGGGGCCGCCGUGGUGCAGCGGCAGAAGCUGGCUCAGCAGGCGCGGAGCUCGCGGCCGCUGCUGGCGGGGCUGACGCUACUGGAGACGCUGGCCAUCCGCGCGAACACCGAGCGGAGCUACUUGCAGAUGCUGAACAACUUCGUGCAGUGGUGCCAGCAGCACCGCCAGGACUGGAGGACGUACGAGGAGCUCGACCUGGUGCUGUCGAGCUACUUCUCGGACCACUACUUGCUGGGGACGGCGUGCAACAUCGGGAGCCAGACGCUGGCGGCCAUCGCGCACGUCACGCCCUCGCUGUUCAAGCAGACGGUAUCCGUGCUCCCCCGGGCCUCGAGGGCCUCGGCCGCCUGGAAGCGCCGCGCGCCGGGCAAGACCCGGCUGCCGCUGCCGCGCCCUGCAGCCUACGCGAUCGCGGGCUGGCUGAUCAGCCACGGGCAGCUUGGGAUGGCAUGCUGGGUGGUCCUGGCCUUCGCAGCCUACCUGCGGCCAGCCGAGGCGCAGGGCCUGACGCGCGAGAGCCUAGUGCCGCCGGCCCCGGCAGCCGGCGCGGGGUACUCUUGCUGGGCCCUGCUGAUGCAUCCGCUGGAGCGCGGAGUGGCGGGAAAGACCGGGCACUACGACGACAGCGUGUUGAUCGACCAGGCCCCUCUGUGGCCGGUGCUGGCGGCGAUGCGGCUAGCGACGCCGCCCAGGGCCAGCCCGUGGAGCUUCUCGCUGGACGAGCUCACCGCGCAGUUCAGCACCUCGGACGACCUCCUGACGGGCCGCCGCAGCCCGCUCGAGGUGCAGCGCCGAGGCAGGUGGGCAGUGGCGUCGUCGAUGCGGCGCUGCGGCGAGGAGGGCUCCCUGCUGGACGAGAUGGCGCGGGUGAACGCGGAUGUCUUCGCCUUCGGGGCCCUCGUCGAGGCGAACCUCAGCUCUCUCCUCGAGCACGGUUUCAGCAGGAUGAGCCUGUGCGGCCAGGUGCCGGCGACUGUGCUGCCGACGCUGGGCCCAGUGGCUGCGGCGUCAGGCCGGCGGGGCCGCAAGCGGCCUGCCGCCCGCCGCUGA